CGUUUUGAUAUUGGAUACGAGAACUAUUUAUUGGUUAUUUAUUUGGACUUUAUGGGAUUAUGCGUUUAUGUUUGCGACAAAUCAAGUGGAAGUGGAUUUUUAAGAGUAUGAUUGCACACGCUAUGUUGUUUACCGUCCAAUUGUUUCGAGAGACAGCUCAUGAUUAUAGAUGCACAUAUUGAUAACUGAAUGUUUUACCUGCAGUGCAGUUACAACCAAAUUUGCAAACCAGACGCAAAUCGCCAGAGUGUAGUUUAUCAAUAACGAUAACAAAAGAACAUUAGCCAUAAAAAAUAGAAAACUUCAAACAAGGGUAUAUAUUUCUUUAUGUGAGGUGUGUUCGGAAUGGUGUUGAUUAUUAUCAGAAAUAUGUAAACACAAAUAAUGGAGUUGCAGAUAACACGAAGAAUAGUGGUGUGCACAAGAUAACCAAGGCUGUAAAGCAAAUGGGAGAUACAGUCACAUAAACACGUUACUGGACCACUGUUGUAUAGAAUGAUAAACAUUGAGCUACAAUUGUUAAAGUUACGUAAUGUUUGUGUUGCGUAAAAUCGGAAUUCGCCAAGGCUGUGUUAUGUAUCCACUAUCAUUUAUCAACAAAGUAAAUGGUAUCGAAUGUAGAACAGAUUAACUUAUCUUCCGCUUUUGAAAUCCAUUUAAAGUUAGCCAGAAAUAGACAAACACAAAGUUUCUUGUUGUUUUCUGUUUAUCCCGUGCCCCCCGUGAAUUGAAUACAAUAUAGGGGAUUAUAAUUUAUUUACACCACUCUAUCAGCAUCGGUCACUUGAUCUGAUCAAGCGGGCGGCUCUUCUCCGAUAAUCAGUGCGACGUUUGUGAAUUUGUGUUUUAAAUCAAAUUCACGGAUGUGAAAUAAAAGAGUAUCCAGCAAGACAAUAUAAAACUUACGUAAAAGAUGAAUAUCCUCACAGAUUUCAACCCAAUAUUCCUAUGUUUUCUUGGAUAUACCAUAAUCACUGUAGAAUGUGGAGAAUUUCAAGUUGCUGAACAAGAGAGACUCCUGUUCGAAGUCUUCAAAGAAUGUUUAAAGAAGAGAAAGGAAGAUCCAGUGGUUUUAACAGGCGUAUUCUGUAACCGGACAUUUGAUAACAUUUUGUGUUGGGAUGAUGCACCGGCAGGAAAAACUGUUAAACAACACUGCCCACCAUACAUAAAUGGAUUUAACAAAGCAGAGUAUGCCACCAGGACGUGUAUGGACGAUGGUACCUGGUACAUCAACCCAUCUCUUAAUAAAAGUUGGACAAACUUUUCCAGAUGUGGCAUGGAAGAUGAAAAAUUAUCGCCACUUAUUAAGGAGCACAUGCCCAGAGUAAAACAACUUUUUACUGUUGGAUAUUCGUUUUCGUUAGCUGCACUUGUAUUGGCUAUUUUUAUAAUGCUGUAUUUUAGGAAAUUACGAUGUCCACGAAAUUUAAUCCACGUUAAUUUAUUUCUUGUUUAUACCAUCCGAGCUUUUAUAUCAUUAUUAAAAGAGGUUUUAUUAGUGAAUGAUAUUGGUUUUCCUGAUGACGUCACUGUUAAUGAUGACGGGAAAUAUAUGUUAACAGAAGGAUCGCACUGGGGAUGUAAGAUGUUUUUUACCUUUUUAAAUUACAUUAUCCUAACCAGUAUAUUGUGGAUAUUUGUGGAGGGGCUGUAUCUACAAUUAUUACUUACACUGACAGUGAGAGCUAAGAAAAUCAAACUGUGGUGGUAUGUUGUAUUUGGUUGGGGUGCACCUGUUGUUUUUGUCAUACCUUGGGGUGUUACCAGAUAUUUCUUAGAUGAUUCAUAUUGUUGGAAUGUAUCGUAUUAUCGCCCCGAAUUAUUUUGGAUUAUAAAUGGUCCGAUUGUAAUAUCUGUUAUAAUUACUUUCUUAAUAUUUGUCAACAUUUUACGACUCUUAUUCACUAAAUUAACAGCUGCAAAUUGUUCAAGUAGUCGCCGAUAUAGAUACAGACGAUUAGCCAAAUCUACAUUAAUCUUAAUACCAUUGUUCGCUGUUUAUUAUAUGGGAUUUAUAUGGUUACCAGAUGAUUUGGAUCUAUUGGCUCAACUUAUACGAAUUUAUAUAGAAAUGCUGUUUAAUUCGUUUCAGGGGAUGCUUGUGGCCUUGUUGUUUUGUUUCUUUAAUUCAGAGGUUCAGAAUGAAAUAAAGAAAAAUUGGUACAGACGUGUGCUAAAUAGGGGAGGCAGUUUCAACUAUAAAUCCUCCAAAACUAGACACAGUUCCCGGUCAUUUAAUUCUGAAACGGAUGCUGGAUAUUAUUCUAAAAAAGAACAGAAAACAGAAUCUAUUAUGAACGGACAUUUAAGUGAUAUACGUGAAGAAUCCGUACCUUUAAAUUUAAACCUAAAAAUGGCGGGAGGCGGUUCGCAGGACCAUAAUGACAAUAUACAAGAAAGUUACGACAACCAUAAUAGUGUUCCCUCGUAUCUUGAAAAUGGCCAAGAUGAAAAUCCCUCCAGUAAUGAACCGGAGGAAGAAAAACAUGGCGACUCGGUUAGUUACUGUAAUGGCAGCAUAAAAGUUCAGUUAAAUUUGGAAAAUCAUGUAUUUAAUCAAGAUGAAAAUUCAUCUGAACAAUUACCGGAGGAGCAGAAACAUGACGAUUCAGUUACGCACUGUAAUGGCAGCAAUAAUGUUCAUAAUGGCAGUAGUAAAGCUGGUGACGAUCACUAAGAUGCUCUAAGAUCACAAUGUUCGUGGAGCUUUUUUUGUGCCUUCGUUGUAAUAAUAUAAUUUGUGUGUGUGUGUUUUUGCAUGUGACAACGCAGUGCCUUGGCGUUUCGAUGUGCAUAAUACAUUGUACUGUUUUUAGUAUUAGAACGCCAAGCGUUACGUUCGUAUAUAGAGAUUAAAUUUACCCCUGGAGUAUUCAUUCUUUUAGUGAUAGUUGAGAUUAUGUUUCACAUAGAACUUUAGAGUGGUGACAUUUUUGAAGGACAUUACAAGAUGGCGAAAUCAGACAGAACAAUAAACACAAUCAAACACGGAUAUUGUAUGUGAGUGAGUGAAACGAUGAAAGUUGUGUAAGUAGUUAACUGACAGUUCUAUAAGUAUAUGCCCUUUAAAUCUGAAAAUCAUACAUGAUCAGUGACCUGGGUAUCUGAAUUAGUACUGUUGAGUACUGUUGAUAAUGGUAAUGAUCUAGAUUAGCACUGCUGUGCAGUACAUAUAGUAACUUACUUUACUAAUUUAACUCAAGUUAGUACUAUCUUAGAUAUUUUAACUAAGGGGGUAGUCCGAGUAGAAUCGCCUUGUUUUGUUUUGUUUAAGGUUUGAACGAUGGUAACUAUAAUGGGGGUCACUAAUGAUUGAAUAAUGUUACUAUUGUGAAUUUUUAGUACGUGUACAGAGUUUGUAGUCCGGUGUUAUAAGGCCAUGUCUAAAGAAAACACGUCUGUAUCUUAUUUUCUUUCUGGUCAGAUUUGAAAUCCAAACUCGGAUGCUUUAAUAUGAAUAUAAUAAAUAACCCUGAACUCCUCUUUAAUGCACAAUAAGAUACGUCGAUUUGCAUAAUAGCAUGAGUAAGUUUUUGCUCUUACUACCCCCCCCCCCCUCCCCCAAAACUCCCAACCCCUUACCCUCCCGAUCAAUAUUAGGAUGUAAUACUGCCAAUCUUAACGCUGGAACUUACCUCUGUAUCGGAACUUAAACUAAUCAUUAACAGGAUGGUGUUCAUAGAAAUAGAUAUAAGAACCAAAAUAUUACAUCCCGCCCAAAAUGUCUUUAAGCUACAGGCGUGUUCAAAAUAGUGUGGUUAUAACCAUGUAUGUGUAUUUGAGAUUAAAAAACCCAAAUAUUUAUACUCAUCUAUUUAAUACAUUUGUCUUCGUGGGGAAAAAAAUUCGCAUGAUAUUUGUUAGUAUUAUUAGUGUUUAGUACUCAGUCCUUAAUCGUUAUUACUUUUUUAAAAUAAUAUAGCUUCCCCUGCUACUGAUGACAGGGUAAAUCUUAUGAUACGCCUGCAUUAUAAGUUAGAUGUAUGUUUAAUCUCAGCUUUAUCACUCAAUAAUACAUUCUACAAUAGAUAUCGCUUGUGUGAUAAACUUCAUAAUCUACUGUGAUAUCUCCUUAGGGGAUAUCGCUUUACAUGAAUUUGAUUGGUCAAUCAAAAAGGAACUACUUUUUUUAUUUUCCUCACUCGUUGAUAAAUGCAGAGUUUUUUUUUAUUUUAUCGACUUGUGUUGAUAUGUUUUGAUAUCAAAAACGACGAGUAGGAGAUUCUCUAUUUAUCCAUGUCAUCCAGUAGAUUUUUUAGUCUUGUGUCUAAGACUACUUACAAAAUAAUGUUUGUUAACUAUCUGAACUUCUUAAAUGAGAAAUGGAAUCGACUGUCCUGUCAAGAGCAAACACACCCUAUUUCGUGCACGACACUCAUCAAGUUAGCUUUAUAAUUAUAAUAUUAUAACCACGCGGCAAAAAUACGAGUUUGCUUAGAAGUUGUAUAUUUAAACGGUGAUAAAUGACACUACUGGUGUAUAAACAAUCCACCCUUCAUUGUAUAUAUUUACAUUGAGUAUUUUUACAUCGUAUAUAUUUUACAUUGUCUUAUUUUUUGUAAAUGUAUUUUGUACAUUAUUGUUUUUAUGAAAUAAAUUUUGCCAUAAAUGUUUAAAUUUUCAAAAUAAUUAUAUUUUAUUUAAAAACAAAUUACAUUA